ACUCGGAAGAAACGGAUUUCUCUAAAAUGGCGGCCAAGUUGUAACUUUUGAUAACUUUGACAGCUCUCUGAAACUCCUCGCAACAUAAGCUAGCGUCAUAGUUUAGUAUCCUACGGAGGAAAGUUCUAUUUAAAAAAGCAAAAGUACAAGAAAAAAGCCUAAAAGUCAUCUACUCUCUCGACAAAUACCCUUUUUAUCAAGAUGGCUGCCCAGUCUGUUCAAAUUAAGCUAGUGUUGGGUCACUCUGCCCAGUGGAGGAAGCGACCGACUCAAGAGGGUUUUACGCACGAUUGGACGGUGGUCGUCAGGGGCGAGGAUGGGCAAGAAAUAAAACACUUUGUCGAGAAAGUCGUUUUUCAUUUGCACGAGAGCUUUCCAAAGCCUAAGCGAGUUUAUAAAGAACCUCCUUAUCAUGUGUCUGAGUCUGGCUACGGAAGCUUUAUGUUGCCCGUUGAAGUCCACUUCCGAAACAAGGACGAGCCAAAGAAAGUGAGAUUCGAAUACGAUCUCCUCUUGCCCAAUCUCAACGACCCUCCUAUCAGUCAGAUCAGGAGCGAAUGUCUUACUUUUCAAAACCCUUCCGAGGAAUUCAGACAAAAACUAGUGGAUUCUGGCGGUGUUGUGAGCGGUGGUCCUCCAGCAGUUGUCGAGAAGAAGCCGCCUCCUAGCCAACCAGCAUUUCUGCAAAAAAAGAGAUCCGGCGAAGAACUGGAAAGCAACGCUCCAAAGAAACGAAGGAAGGACAAACCAAAGAAAAAGCCGGCUGGUUCGAGUAGUAGUGAAUCGAGUGACGUUGAUUCCAGUAGUGAGAGCGAGAGUGGGGGAGAUGACGGUGUCGUGGCGACAAAGAAAAGCGGCGGCAAGAAGCAGACCUCAAACACUUGGAACACUUUUGAGCUCAAGCGACUGCACAAGCGACUUAAUUCUCUGCAGGACCCAACACAGUUACAGGAGAUUGUGAACAUCAUUGAACAGACAGGGCUAUAUAACCUCACAGCAUCCACGUUCGACUUUGAUUUGUGUAAACUAGACAAUGACACUCUGGACAAGCUACGGAAAUUCGUUGAACCCACAAGUUAGAUUUUAAGAGAGAUUUGUCUAUAUUGGUAGAGUACUGCUGUAGGUUGUACCCGUCAUGAUUUAGAUCUCUAUUAUUAGUUACACAUUUCUCCUUUUUUUACUUUUGAUUAUCCUGCUAUACGUAUUCCAUUCACCACUAACGCUCUAAUCCAUUCACACCGUACUAUUAAUUUAUAUACACAAUGUCAUGUCGUGUUAUUUUCUUGUACAUAUGCUUGUAUGUAUGUCUGUCAAUUCUAUUUUAUUGUUACUUGA